ACAGCCCAUGUGACUCUGGGAGAUGGCCCUGGGGUAAGGACAGGAGAAAUAAGAGGGAAGGACCCUCAGACACCAGAACAGCACACAUGGGAACAGAGACCAUGGAGUCCCCUUCUCUGCUUCUCUGCAAAGGGCUCCUGCUCACAGCCUCACUUUUAACCUGCUGGAACUCCCCUGCCACAGCACUGCUAACAUCUAAAGAAAUGCGGUUCUCGGCUGCUGAAGGGGCAAAGGUUCUUCUCUAUGUUCCUGACCAGGAAGAGAACCUCCUCUCCUUUUCCUGGUACAAAGGGAAAGAUGUAAAUGAAAAUUUUACCAUUGCGCAUUAUAAAAAAUCCAGUGGUUCACUUCAACUUGGAAAGAAAGUCAGUGGCAGGGAAGAAAUCUAUAUGGACAGCUCCAUGAUGCUCCAGGAUGUCACCCAGGAAGACACGGGAUUCUACACUUUAAAAACCUUUAAAGAACAUGAUCAACAGGAAAUAACAUAUGCCCAUCUCCAAGUAUAUAAGAUUGUGACAAAACCCUAUCUCCAGCUCAACCACACUAGCGUGAAAAGGAAGAGGGCCUCAGUUUUCACCUGUGUGUCGCCUGACACCGGAGUAGACAUCAAUUGGUUCUUCAAUUACAAGCCCCUGAACAUCACGGAGAGGGUCACACUGUCAUCUGAAAAGCACAAGCUCACCAUAUCUCCUGUCUGGAAGGCAGAUGCAGGGAUCUAUCAGUGCGAAGUCUCCAACUCCUUUAGUUCCAAGAAGUCGAACCCAUUGAUCAUGGUGUUGGCUUAUGGCUAAUGUCUCCUCUCUUCCUAUACCAGAGCUUUGCAGUUUUUAUGUCACUAGUGUGCACAGUUUAUGAAAAUUAUAAGGAGAAAAUUAUCACUACAGAUAAGAGAGACAGUCAGCAUGGUGACAUCCACCUGCAAUCCCCAAAUAAAACACAGGUCAGGAGGAAAAUGAGUACAAGGCCAGUCCAGUUACACAGUAUGACAAUGACUUUAAAAUAAGACCUCAGUAUAGAAACAGAAUUGCAAAGGAAGGCCCAGGUUCUGAAUCACAUAUGGACCCACCUUCAGGAUCCAGAGGGAACUGCUCAGAUGCCUCAGGCUCACCAAAAGCUGUGGGUGCUCCAAGUCUCCUAUUAAAAUGCUGCUGUGUUUGCAUAGAGUUAUGUAUGUCUUCCCAGGAGCUCAAAUCCUUCCUGGGGCCCAAGCUGUGUGCUGCCUAGACCCCAUCUAUCCGCUUGAAGUUGGAAUAAUGGUAGGGGAUCAGACUGGACAUGUUUCACUGUAGAUAUGGUUUUGGUCAGUUUUCAUCUGUAUAUUGUUUGAUGCCCAGAUGUAAACUCCAUGAACAUAAAGGCCCCUGAGUUUCUUG